CGGAGCCGCCCCGGCCCCUUUGUGUGCGCGGCCGCGGCUCCGGCGCCGCCGCCAUCUUGUGCCGGCCGGGCCCGUGUCCGCCGGGGCUCCGCGGGGCAGCGCCGGGGCCGCGCUCCUGCACCGAGGGGCCGAGCGGAGCCCUCCCCUCGCUCCCCGCCCGGGGCUCGUCCCGCGGCCGCCGUUCGGCACCGUCCUGUCGGCGCCUCGCCAGCGGAGCGCGGCCGCCCCGCCCCGUCUCCCCGCCCCAGCCCGAGCGCCGAUGCCGCCGCUGGAGCGGCCCCUGCCCGGGCCGCGGGCGUAGCGGCGGGCGCGGCCAGCGCCGCUCCCCGGGAGGCGGGCGCCCGGCGGGCGAGGAGCAUCAGGAGAGCGAGGCCCGGCCCCGCGGAGCCGCCGCCGCCGCUGCCCGCCCCAUCAGGCGAGCGGCUGGAGACCCGCCCCGGCCGGCAGCGAGCCGGGCCCCCGCCGCAGCACCAUGAAGAUCAAGGAUGCCAAGAAGCCGUCUUUCCCAUGGUUUGGCAUGGACAUUGGGGGAACGUUGGUCAAACUUGCCUACUUUGAACCUAUUGACAUCACUGCGGAGGAGGAGCAGGAGGAAGUGGAAAGCCUGAAGAGCAUCCGCAAAUACCUGACUUCCAACGUGGCCUACGGAUCCACUGGCAUUCGGGACGUCCACCUGGAGCUGAAAGACUUAACCAUCUUUGCUCGAAGGGGAAACUUGCACUUUAUUCGGUUCCCAACUCAUGAUUUGCCUACCUUUAUCCAAAUGGGAAGAAAUAAAAACUUCUCAACACUACACACGGUGCUCUGUGCCACUGGCGGUGGUGCCUACAAGUUCGAGGAAGACUUCCGCACAAUUGGAAACCUCCAGCUGCACAAACUGGAUGAGCUUGACUGCCUUGUCAAAGGCUUAUUGUACAUAGACUCUGUCAGCUUCAAUGGCCAGGCAGAGUGCUAUUAUUUUGAAAAUGCCUCAGAUCCCGAGAGAUGCCAAAAGAUGCCUUUUAACCUGGAUGAUCCAUACCCAUUGCUGGUUGUUAACAUUGGUUCAGGAGUCAGUAUUUUAUCAGUCCAUUCCAAAGACAACUAUAAAAGAGUAACUGGAACAAGUCUAGGUGGAGGGACCUUUCUUGGGUUAUGCAGUUUGCUGACAGGCUGUGAAAGUUUUGAAGAAGCUCUGGAAAUGGCAUCCAAAGGAGACAGCACACAUGCUGACAAGCUGGUUCGGGAUAUUUAUGGAGGAGACUAUGAAAGGUUUGGUUUACCAGGAUGGGCUGUAGCAUCCAGUUUUGGGAAUAUGAUCUACAAAGAGAAGAGGGAGUCUGUCAGUAAAGAAGAUCUUGCAAGAGCCAUAUUGGUCACCAUUACCAAUAACAUUGGCUCUAUUGCCCGGAUGUGUGCAGUAAAUGAGAAAAUAAACAGAGUUGUGUUUGUUGGCAACUUUUUGCGUGUGAAUACUUUGUCAAUGAAGCUUCUUGCAUAUGCACUGGAUUACUGGUCAAAAGGCCAGCUGAAGGCCUUGUUCCUAGAACAUGAGGGAUACUUUGGAGCUGUUGGUGCUCUGCUUGGGCUGCCAAAUUUCAGUUGAGAUACCAGAUGUCACUACACUGAACUAUUUUCCACCUGAAUGACACUUGUUUGUUGAUGGGAACUAAAUCUGGGGACGGGAGAAGGAAAUAGCUGAUUUUCUGUAACUCUUUUUAAGAAGUGAUUAAGCUACUGAGUAUUGUUGUUGUAAGGAACGGGGUUUCACUCUGCUGGGCAUUGGCAAGUGAACUGUUUGUGCUAUUAUUUAUGUUCUUUGGUACGUGUAGCCAGUAGAGAACUUCUCAUAUGCAAUACAUCCUCUGAAAACAACUUUCCAGAAACUCCAGAAAAAGGAAUGCCAAACCCUUAAGUUUGCUCAGGAUGCAAAUAUUGCAGGUUUAUUCCCAAGGCUUUAGGCCCAUCAGUUUUCUAUGUAAUUGAUGUCUGAAAAAUUAUUUUCAUUAGUUGUCCUGUUUUUAUGAGCACAAAUUUUAUGUAUACUUUCAGAAAACAAAAGACAGCAAGGUACUAUUGAAGAGAUAAGGAAACUAUAGACAAUUGCUUCCCACAGUAAACACAGUAAUUAUUUUAUUUUUAUGUGUAAUGGAAAUAAUAUUAAUGCUUUCAUUUCCAGUGGGAAGAAUAGAAACAUAAAGAACAGCCAAAGCAACAGAUUAAGCAGUUGAUACUUUGAAGGUUUUAUGAAGAUACUCACCUUAAUUUACUGGGAGAUUCAGCUGGUAUUUUGGAAAGAUUCCUCUAUCUUUGAUUGGAUUUGGAAAAUAGUUCAGUGAUUAAUGAAGUCAGGUUCUGAGGGGAAUAAUUUUUAAUUUUUUUUAUUUUUUGAGGACAUGACUUCCAAAAUGCCUUCUGGAUUACUUUUUUUUUGCCUCAUAAGUUCUGCCAUCGUGAAUCAUCAUUUGUAAAGGUACAAAGCCUGAGAGAAUUGAAGAAAUCAGUGUCAAAUAGAUUAAUUAUGGGACCUCAUAAUUCUGAUGUUUUAGCUUAUUUCUGUUUUUGAUGGAAAAAUUUUUGCCCCAUCCUACUGAUUUGAAAUUGUAAUUUCCCCAUAAUUUUGUAAGAGUUGAUCAGAAUUCAAGUAGAUGUUGAAUUUGAAAGGUUACCUUUGGAUUUGGAAGUUUGUUUUUGGAAGUUGAGGACAGCAUCAGAGUUUGUAUUGCAGCAGCAAAUGGACCAAUAUUUAAUGCACUUCAAUAUGGAACCAUGCAUCAAAUUGUGGCCUUGGGAUAAAAUCCAUACUCUGGAACUGAUUUUUGGGGUUUUCUGUAGACUUCUAAAAUUUACAGUUGUGAUUCUUACAAUAACUUUAGUCCUAAAGCCAGGGCAUGAGAUCUUAAACUUACAGGACUAUUGUAAAGUCAGUAGCUGUAUGACUUUUUGUGGACUAAAGAGCUACCCAAUUUUGUGAUAUUUUCAUGUUAAAUUUAUUUCCUGUAAGUGCAUGAGGAGCAACCAGACUCAAACACAUUCAUAUCUUGGGGUUUCAGGUUUUUAAAACUGAUUGCUCUAGUAUUCCACAGCAUGGCUGUGUUGUAUUUACAGAUACAUCCCCUUUAUGUUAGAAACCCUUGUGCUAUCUUCAGUCUUCUCUUUCUCAAAAUUCAAAGCCCCAAACUAACAUCAAAGGUUUUUGCUUUUAAAUUUUUCUGUGGUCCUUUAAGAGUACAGUACUUUAGAGUAGGCAACUCAUUAAGUGCAAUGCUAAUCACAAAUGCAGUUCCAUUUAUUGUUGCUUUUCCUGGUACUUGUACUACAUUGCCAUUGUGCUUGCUUUGAUGUUUCACUAUAGACCUAAACAACUAAAAAUUACACUCACAGUUCAGCUGAUGUAAUGCUAAAUCAGAGCGCUUCAGAAAAUAAGUGAAUACGGUUUUUAUAGAAUGUCUUUAUAAAUGCUGUAAGCUGUUCCUUUUGAGUUAGGAUUGACUAUCAAAAGUAACCUUUCUGUGGUUAUAAAACUGUGUAAUAACUUAAUUUUCUGAAUGUUCUGGCAGCCUGCUGAAAAUUUUGCAAACUAACUGCAUAUUUUACUUGCAAAGGGUGCUUUAGGAGACAUACUACAUCUCCAUUAGAAACAGUUCCUUUAGACCAUGUUUAUUGCUACUUCAUUUGUGAUACUGAGAGUCCUCUUGAAGCAGUAGUUAGAAGCUACUUGUAUAUUUAACCAAAAGCACAUAUAGAAGAUGAUUACCUAAUACCCAUAGUUAAUUAAACCAGUUGAAGUUGAUGUGACCUAACAUACAUUUUUUAAGUAAACUGUACAGAGUUACAAAAUAAGCAAAUGGAGUAAUUCUUGAAUAGCUGUACUGUAUAGAAACUACUGUGAGAAUCAAAAAGUAUGCCCUACCUCUGUUAUAUUUCCCUUGAGCUUCUAAAAAAAUUGGCUUCCUGUUGCUAAUUUUAUCAGCACAAUUGUUAUUUCAUUACAAGAGCAACCAGAGCAGUUGUGAAGCCCUACUGUAAAGCGCAGGGAUCCUGUAUUUAAGCCACAUCUUUGGGUUUCAUCUCAUUUUUUGUCAACUUAGAACUUGUUACUAGUCUCUAAAGAUUGACUCUACCACCAGGAGAAAUGAUAGGCAUCACAAAUAGUUGCAAGAUAAGCCUUAAUGUCUUUUCUUCUAAAUUCUCUUGUAAACAGGUUGAAAAGGCUUGUUUCUUUUAUAUGAAUCACUGAAGUAUGUUGCUUUUUCCUGAUGUAGUCUGUUUUUACUUUCAUCCUUGCCAUUUCUUUUCCUCAGAGCUAAUUGGUUGGAGCAGCUUUAGGGUGAAUUGAUUCAGUGUGAUAUACUAUAGUAGAGAAAAUUUGGGGUUUUCUCAGGACUGCUGUUGGCUUCUCAAGUGGAACCAGUUUCUAGAGGAAGAUUCUGUGAUAGUUGUUGAAAGUAAAAUGUAAGACCCAUUUUGAAUGUGUAAUCAUUUGCAGCUCAGUCAGCCAUGUGAGUGCCUUUUAAUUUUUUUCAUAUAAUGCCAAUUCUAUGGUACUGGGACUUUAUCCAUGAGGUUUCCUAACCAAUAUUACUUACCAGAGAAAUGGCAGGUAAUUCUAUUGGCUGUGGAGAUGAUCCUUUUAAUCCAGUGUAGCAAGAGAUACCAGGAAAAAAAAUCAGGUUUCUGGUUUCCUAUUCCUGUAGCCCUUAAUCUUGGGGUAAGGAUUUUGCAUUUCUUGGUCUUAUCCCUCCAGCUUGCUUCUUUCAAGUAUUAUGCACAGUUUUAGUGUAUCAGUAUCUCCCUAAAAAUCAUGCAAGUUUAUAGUGAGAUAAGUACUGUUUAUUUCUGAGUAGAGAAGUUCAAUCUUAGGUGAAGUUAUUCCAAGCUAUUAAACAUAACCACUUUGAACUUUCUAAGUCUACUUGGGUAAUUGCAGUUUGAAUGAAAGGGGAACUCUUACAAUACAUCUUGAAUAUUUAACAGGCUGGAAUUAAAACACCCUCAGUGUUCUUUACUGAACCUAGCAGAGGUUUAAAUACAAACAAUUUUUCAUUCUUUUGAGUAAAGUCUCAAUACAUUUAGGAGUUCAGAGAGAAGCUGCAGCAAUACACCCGGUGUGUUAGCUUGCUCAGGAUUUCCAAAGCAUGUUCAGGUGUCUGCCCUGCCUUUUGGAGAUGUUUCACUCUCUCAAGCACCUGUGUGAUUCCACCAACAGGUGCUCAUAACACAGAGUUACAGAGUGGAAAAAGAGAGACCAGCCACAUUGUCCCACUUAGCCUCAGCUGUAUAUUCAAAAGCUCUGGCUUCUCCUGAUGGAUCAUCUGUUCCUUCAGUGGUACUGUGACAUUCCUACUUGCACUGGAGUUGGUAGUAUAGAUGCAAGGUGCCUUUAAGGGCUGUAAUACUCUCUGUCACUACCCAAUAUAGGUUUUCAGGAAACACCUGUUUCUAUAUCAGUUGAAAUAACUUCUCAUUUCUAGGUAUUUCAAAAUAACAAUGGGGUUUUAACAUUUGGAACUGUCUUGGUUUAGUUCAGUUUUCUGGCUAAUGCACCAAUAAAUGUUACAGUUUAGGUUUGCCAAUUUUAAUAUACUCAGAACUUCUGAGUGUGCCCUCCCCCCAGGUGCCUUCAAUGCAUAACCAGCACAGGAACUAAUUAAAGGGUCUUUCAUCUAGAAGAAAUCUCUGCUAGAUAAAGACUAGAUGGUGUCUUUCACCUCCAGGCAGUAAUAGUCAUUACUGGAUAAAUUUGGGGUCAACCUGUUUUUAAAUAUCACUUUCACUGUUGACAUUCUGGAUAUCACUGUGAUCCUGAAGAGGCAGUGAGUUCAGAGCAGAGGUGAAGGUCAGUGUGGUUCUGUUGAGCUAGUUCUGGUUAUAAGAAGAUUAAUUCUUUCCCUUGUCACUUGUCCUUCUUAUCUACAUCUUUUUAUGUAGGCUUGAAAACCAUGUAAUGUGUAACAGAGCCUUGCUGAGGUUAAAAAGUGAACAAACAUCUGUGGGUCAGGUUGUAAGUGUUUGAGCAAGGCCUGUAGGUCCCAGUGCAGAGCUGGGCACGCACUUGGCACAGUUUCUGUUUGGGUGUGGUAGUUUUUUCAUUUCCCAUUAAUGCACAGUUGGCGGGGAUGGGCUUCACAAUCAUUGUGAAUAAAAUGGGAGAAUUUAGUCCUCAGACAUGACCAUGGGAUAUUAAAAAAUGCUUUUUCACAGUGUAGAAGGAUAAUUCCUGCUUAAAGUUUUUUAAAGUUUUACUGAUGUAUUCCAAAGUACAUCCACUAGUAUUUUGGCAACUGUGGUAAAAAUAGUAAUUCUCUUAAGUCAACAAGUCUGCAAACAAGCCUAUUUUAUUAGUUUCAUUUACAUCACACAUGGAAAGCAUAUUAAGUAUUCUUAAAAACACACUUUUGAAAACAUCUCAAAUGAUGCUGUAAUAUGUCUGUAAUUAUUAAUGUGCUGAUGGAAUAUGUUUGAGCAAUCUCAGUUUGUAUAACUGAGUGUCAAAUCCUGCUUACUCUGUAGUUACUUGAGUAGAUCAUUCUUUUAAAUUAAUGAGCAAGAUUUGGCCUCAAGGUCUUCUGCCUGGGGAGCACAGUAAUGCUACUUUGCAUAUUCCUGCUGGUGCUAAAUCAUUUGUUGAAUAUAAAGAUUCUAAAUAGAAAUUGUAAAUAAAAUAUUUAUGGCCUGGUCCUUUUGACAGACUUAAAUUUUAUCAUUUGCCAAUACUUUUUGGCCUUAUUUUGAGUUUCCCUUUUGUGUUUGGUUUUUCUGACUGUGUGGACUGUGUUUGUUAAUGUGGCAAGUCAUUGGCAGGUGUGGCUUCCUGUGCUGCUUUAUGUGAGGCCCGUGGCACAUUAGGAGACAGAUGAGUUUUCAUAGCUGGAUUUCCAUGUUAUCCUUCAUCUUGUUUUGUUACUGUAGCUGUUUGCAUAGAUUGUGUCAAGUAGAGCACAAUUGGCAUUUGUUCUCUGCUAAAACUUCCAAGAAAGUCAGUCAGUACUGAAAAUGUUUAGGAAGCUGUUGAAAAGUCAGAAAUACCCAUUUAAAGUAAUUUUUGAAUCUAAAUAUUCUAAUUAGAAUUGCCUAUAAAAUGAACUGGAUUGUCUUUGCUAUAAAUUUCUGGCAUUUCACAAUUCACAUUUCUGGCAUCAGUUUAAGAAAUUGUAAAUACAAGCUUUGGGAGGAGGUAUGUUAUUUUCAGAUUGUGCAUUAUGAAAGACUAGUGAAUUAGUAUUUUGAGACAUAUUCAAUUACAACACCUAGAAACAUGAAAAUUAAUGUGCUUGUUUUAGGGUAUAGAGGGCUUUAGAUAUCCUGCACUUGUACAUUCUUGAGUUUUGGCAUUUUAACAAACAUUUAAUUUUUCAUUUACUGUCUCAUCAUAUGCAGGCCUCAUAAUCACCAGAUGCUGUCUUCAAUUAUUUGUUUUAGUUAGCAGAGCAGAGAGGUAAAUUUGUAACUUGUAAACCCUGGUAGGAUGGAAGUUCUCUGAAGAGCCAUUUGGUUAAGUUGCCUUAUUCUAUUACAUUGCACUCAUGGUAUGUCUCUGCUUUCUUGUUUACUGUUCAGACACUGAAGAUGUGAUGUAAAAAUAUGUGCUACAAAUUUUUCAUCAUAAAUUACUCAUGAAUACCUUUGUGUCACCUGUUUAAAAGCUCUUGUAAAUGAUGCCUUUAUGCCAUCUGUAAUACAGCUCUUGUAAAUUGUUUAAAUUAUUUUUCUUUUUAUAGAUUCUCAUUAUUGAAUGUACAGAUUAGAUCCCUUUAAUAUGUCACUGAGUAAUUUGAUUUGGGCCCAAAUAUGGACAAUACUGUAAUUCAUCCCAUCAAAACUGUAAAUAAUUCUUUACUGCUUGUUUGCAUGAGUGAAGUUUGAAUUUCAUUUGCUUUGUCAUAAACCAACUCCUCUGUCACGGGCCUACUUUUUACAGUUUAUUUCCUGGUUUUAUUACCAUUUGUUCUGUACGAAUGUUGAAACAGUACUUUGUCUUUUCCUAAUAAAUAAUUUGAGAUUGUUCA